AUGGCGACCACCGAUACUGUUUUCAAUCAAGCAGACGCCAAUCAUGAUGGUACAUUGUCUAGAGACGAAUUUAAAGAUUUUCUAGUACGAAAUUCUGUUAGUGGAGGUACGACAACAAAUUAUCCUGUCAGUACGGAUUAUAGCGAUAUUGAUACGACUGGUGGAUAUGGUUCCGCAGUCUAUCGAUCAUCAGUAUAUGGAACGUCUACAAGUGGCACUAGUGGUGAUGCGACUGGUUUAGGACUUGAUUUAGGUUAUACUGGCUCUAAUUAUGGAGCUGCUACAUAUGAAUCGGCAUCGUUUCGUUCAUCUGUUGGUGGUAGUGAUACAUCGAACUACAAUAUUGUUGGAACGGGCGCAGUCUCAGGUGUGGAUGCAGUGUCAACGACUUUUUCAUCGGAAUCACAGACAUCAUCCGUUCAACACUAUGAAACUGAUGAGCAAGGCAAUUUUAAGGAUGCAAAUCCACAAAUUGUUCGGCGUCCAGCUAUCGAGGGGCCUGUGACUCUUACACAGAACAUCAGAGUUCGAUUCCUUCAACCACCACCUGUGCCACCACCAGGCCCAUUGAUUAUCAAAGAAGUGCGACCACCACAACCACCCCCGCCACAACCACUGCGUGUUCGUCAACAAGCACCUCCACUUCCACAACAACCCCCACUUGUUUUACGUGAGCGACCACCACCGGCGCCGCCAGUUGUUGCUUCUCAAACAGUUGUACGAAAUCUUGCAGCUAUUGCGGUUCCACCACGAUCAGUUGUUAUUGAGCGUUUGCCGCCCGCUCCACCAAAGCCCCGAGACAUCAUCAUUGAGCGUUGGGUUCCCUACGGGCCACAAGCCGAACGAAAAACGAUCGUUCAGCGAGCGGAAGCAGCGAUAGUCUAUCCCAAGCCGCGUAACAUGAUCAUACAAUACGAAGCACCACAGGUUCGAGUCAUUCGCCAAUUUGAACGUCUCGGGGUCACACCGGCUAAUCCACAAGAGUAUAUUCAACGCUACGGAGCAACUCUUUUCGAUGCUCAAACAUUAUUACAACAAGCUCGUGCUGCUGGCGUCGUUGAAGAUAUUUCACCACCAGCAUCAGCUUCAGUUAUGUCAAGUUCAUCUGAUUUCUCUUCGACAGAAAGAGCAAGUAUAAUCAACUACGACAAUCUCAAUCGUAGUAGUGUUGACAUAGGAAGAAUCAGCAGCGCGGGCGGCGCAGGUCGUUCUUCAUACUAUGAAUCGUCAUCGUACAGAUCGGCUGGCGACGCGGCAGGAUUAGGUGCUGCUGGUGGAAGAGGCUCAACAAUUUACGAGUCAUCAUAUAGAACAUCUACAGUAGGCGAUGUGAGUGAUGCAUUAUUCAAUGCUGUUGACACAAAUAACGAUGGUGUUAUAUCACAGGCAGAAUUUCGCAAUGCUGGACUUUAG